AUGACGCCCGCGAACAUCAGCGCGAUUCACCGCGAUCAGCCCGUGAGCGGCAACGGCGACGGCGGGGCGCCACUGAAACCUGGCACGGCCGGAACUGCAGUGGCACCCGUUGAGGACAAGGUCGAGCUGAAGGCCGUCAGACCCGGUCGGAAUGUGUCCUUCGCGGACAUCCGCGCGAACGGGAGCGGCGACGGUGCGGGCGCAGCAGCCCGGGCGCACCCCCUGUCGCGCAAGACGGCCUCGCACGGCGACCUGGAGGUCCUGGGCGCCACCCACGCGGAGGUCAAGGUCGAGACGGGCAAGGAGCUGCUCACGAAGCCGUCGGACCCCGCGGUGCCAGCGGCGGGGAAGUCGAUGGACAGCGCGGGCGACCUCGACAGCGAGGCGGACGAGGACGACCCGGACGAGAGCAAGCACCGCUUCACGCUCAUCAUCCGCAUCACGAUCGCGACGCUCGGGCUCGCGGCGGUCGGCGCCGGCAUCGUGCUGCGCCUCGAGCGCAGCGACGACGUGGCGCUGGACCUGGCCGUGUGGCGCUGGUGCGUCUUCAUCGGGGCGCUGUAUCCGCUGCGGAUCCUGGCGAACUUCAUCGUCGUCACCAUCGUGCGCACGGUCGAGCACGCCUUCUUCCUCAGCAACCGCCUGGUCUACUUCCUGUCGCCGCUCAAGCCCGCGCUGACCACGCUCCUCCAGUUCGCGUUCUACUUGGCGCUGUGGGCGGUCCUGGUGACGGCGGACGGCGGGUUCAUCUUCAGCGACACGGGCGACUACGUGCUGCGCGGGCUCAUCUGCGCGGUGCUCUACUGCGUCGGACGCGUGCUCGCCGGGACGCUCACCAAGAUCUUCGCGUCGCGGUUCAACCUGCGCAACUUCUUCGACCGCCUCAAGCAGUCCCUCGAGAAGGAGUACUACCUCGCGGCGCUGACGGUCCCCCGCCCGAAGCCCAAGGCCCACUCCCGCAAGAGCAGCCACGCGCUCGGCGCCAGGGGGCACCGGAGGUUCGGGUCCGCGGACGCCGAGGACUUCCGGCCCGUGCUCCCGAAGAGCGUGGUGUCCGCGUCGUUCUCCGAGGGCGGGCGCCUCGGCGAGGGCGGCGUGCCCAGCAAGGCGGGCAAGAUGAAGACGCUUCCGGAGCACGACGAGCUGGCCGAGGGCGCCACGAACCGCGGGAAGGGGCCGGCGGAGCAGCUCGGCGCGGGGUCGAUCAGGGGCCUGAGGCGGCUGCAGCGGCGGUCGCAGCCCGGGGUGACUUCUUCGUCGGCGAUGUCGUCAACGCCGCCCCCGUCGGUCGGGCCGUCGCAGCUGUCGAACACGGAGACCUCGAAGAUGCCGCCGCGCGCCGUGUCGCCGAGUCUGACGGAGCAGAGCGAGCAGGAGUACGGCUGGCGGGAUGUCGAGGCGGAGCUGGAGCAGCAGUCGCGCCACACCACGCGGCAGCCCUGGGCCGACGAGGACGAGAACACGGGGACGGGGAGCGCGCUCGACAUGAAGGACAUUCUCAGGCGGCGGUCGGACGUCGAGCGGCACUUUGAGGACUUCAAGGACCUGGACUCGGAGCAGGUGACGGAGGCGCAGGUCAGCAAGCUGGAGCGCUACAUCCGGCGCAACCACUUCGGGGUGACGUUCAGCCACGCGAUGAAGCAGACGCGCAAGGCGCAGGACCAGAAGGCGCUCGACCGCAUGUCGCGGAAGCUCGGGCGCUGGCUGUGGACGAACGUGCGCGCGGACCGCACGCGCAAGGAGAUUGUGCCGUCCGACCUGCAGUUCUUCCUCCCCGCGGACCAGGUCCGUGGCUGCUUCGAGCUCCUGGACUCCAAGACCAAGGACGGGCGCGUGACGCGGCACGACGUCCUGGGCGUGGUCAAGGACAUCAUCCAGGAGCGCGGGCACCUCGCGAAGACCAUGCAGGACUCCAACACCAUCGUGGGCAAGAUGGGGUCGCUCAUCCAAAUCGUCAUCAACGUGAUCCUCGUGCCCAUCUGUCUCGCGGUCUUCCGCAUCGAUGUCGAAAACCUGUGGAUCAGUCUCAGCGCGGUCUUCCUGGCCUUCGGUUUCGUCUUCGGGAACACGCUCAAGAACAUCUUCGAGAGCGCGCUGCUGCUGUUCGCCACGCACCCGUUCGACGUGGGCGACGUCAUCAUCAUCGAGGGCGAGUGGUACAUCGUGAAGGAGAUCUCCCUGCUGCGCACCACGGUGGAGCACGAGCUGUGCGCGAUCUCCACCUUCCCGAACCACGUGCUCAACAACCUGCAGAUGGCCAACCUGAGCCGCUCGGGCAACAAGUGGGACGCCUUCCACGUGUACAUCGACGUGUCGACCGCGGCCGAGGUGGUCGACCAGCUGGACCGCGACGUGCAGGCCGUCGUCAAGGCCAAGCCCGAGUACUUCCCGGGCGGCAACCGGACGCGCAUGUACGUCCCGGGCGGCACCGGCAAGGGGUUCAAGAUCCUGGUCUCGGUGUGGUUCGAGAUGGCCUCCAACGGAGUGGACCUGGGAUGGACGGGGCUGAUCCGGAACACGAUGUUCAAGACGUGCAUGGAGAGCCUCACGAAGAGCGGAGUCCGCGUCGCGCACCAGCACACGAUGGUGCCGGGGGCGGAGGUGGUCGCCGGACCCGACCACGCAGGCCCGCAGGCAGGGGGCGCGAGCGCUGCGGUCGGCUUCGCACCGGGCAGCGUGCCGUCCUGA